GUUUCACAGCAUAUUUUAUUUUUGACUUCUAUGCAUAUACAACAAAACCGUAAAAAGGAAAGGUAUACAACAAAAUCAAAUCUAUGCAAAUGCAUCUUAGUAUACAAGCCUUGGUCAACUGAUGCCUAUAUAAGCAGCACAGAUAUAAGAAUACUGUAUAUUGAAUUAAUCAAUUAGUGUUCUUCCUUGAAAAAGCAAUGAACAUCUCCUUCCAUUCCAUUCUUGUUGGUCUCCUUAUUACAAUGAGUUCCGCCUUGUGUUGCUCUGGCGCCUCGGGUGGCGACGGCUCAGUUAUUAGCUUUCAAGUGGGUGUGGUUCUUGAUUUGGAAACAGAGCUCGGGCACAGGGCUCUUGACUGCUUGGCGACAGCCCGUUCCGACUUCUAUGCACGCCAUCCCAACUACACAACAAGAUUGGUUCUUCAUGUCAGGGACUCCAAAGGAAAUGUAAUUGAUGCAGCUGCUUCGAGUCUUGAAUUGUUGAAAUUUGUAAAGGUUGAUGCAGUAAUCGGGCCUCAGAAAUCCACACAAGCCAACUUCAUGAUGAAUCUUGGAGAGAGAGCUCAAGUCCCGAUAGUAUCUUUCUCUGCAACCAGCCCUUCUCUUCAACCUCGAACUAAAUAUUUCAUUCAAACAGCCCAGACUGAUGACACUGAGGUUGGUGCCAUUGCUGCCAUUGUCAAAGCCUUCCAAUGGAAUCAGGCUGUGAUCAUUUAUGAAGAAUCAGAGUACGGCAAAGGCAUUGUUCCUUACUUGUAUAACGCCUUGCAAGACAUCAAUGUUCUUAUUGCCUACAAUAGCCUCAUCCCUGUAUCAGCUGACGAGGAUUUUAUACUCAAAGAGCUGUACAAGAUGAUGACCAUGCAGACCAGGGUAUUCAUAGUACAUGUAUCGCAUUCUCUCGGGCCCAAGCUCUUUCUAAAAGCCAGGGAUAUAGGUAUGAUGAGCGAGGGCUAUGUCUGGAUCAUCACUAGUGGUCUUAUGGACUUGCUUCCCUCCAUGAAAUUACAUGUUGUGGAAGCCAUGCAAGGCGUAUUGGGGGUAAAGCCACUCAUUCCCAAGACUAGCACUGUUGAGUCCUUUAGCUUGCAAAAGACAAACUUUGACCUCGCUAAUCCUGGUUAUAAACCAGCAGAUAUGGUGAGUAUUUUUGAUGUAUGGGCAUAUGAUACUAUAUGGGCACUAGCUGUGGCUGCCGAGCAAGUUGGAACUCACUAUCCAGAAGAUUCUGACCUCAAUUCUUCUGACCUAUUCAACCUUCCUAUCUCAAAAACAGGUCCUAAACUUCUCAAAGCAAUUCUGACAACUAAGUUUGAAGGGCUUGGAGGGAUGUUCCAUCUAGUUGAUGGAAAGUUGUAUCCAACAUCAUAUAAAAUGCUAAAUAUUGUUGGAAAUGGAGAGAAAGAGGUUGUAGUCUGGACACAGUCUCAUGGAUUCAAGAGACGCAACACUAGCGACGAUUUUAAUUCAACCUCAAAGGAGGAUUUCAGUAGUAGCAUCAUAUGGCCAGGGAGAUCUAGAGUGGUACCAAGGGGAUGGGAAGUUCCAGUGAGGGGUAAAAAGCUAAGAGUUGCAGUGGCAGUGAGGCCUGGUUUUGAGGAAUACUUGAAUGUGAUGAGGGAUUCGAGGACAGGUGCUGUUCAAUUUAGUGGGUAUUACAUAGACGUAUUCAAAUCAGUGAUGGCAGCUUUACCAUAUGCAGUGCCUUAUGACUUCUUUCACUUUGAGAAGCCGGAUGGCUCAUGUGCAGGGAGUUACAAUGAUCUUAUACAUCAAGUGUUUCUUCAGAAUUAUGAUGCUGCCAUUGGAGAUAUUACAAUCACAGGAAACAGAUCGAACUACGUGGACUUCACUCUGCCAUUCGCAGAAGGAGGAGUGGUCAGAAUUGUUCCAAUUACCUAUGAGGAUGACAAUGAUAUGUGGAUGUUCUUGAAGCCCAUGAAGAAAGAACUAUGGUUCACAAGUAUAGCCUUUUUCUUUGUCACGGGUUUAGCUGUUUGGAUUCUUGAACACAGGAUAAGCUCAGCAUUUCGGGGUCCUCCUUCACACCAUCUUGGCAUGAUCUUCUAUUUUCCCUUCUCCACUUUAGUAUUCGCACACAGAGAAAGAAUAGUGAGCAAUCUGGCUCGUCUGGUUGUAGUGGUAUGGCUGUUCGUAAUACUCAUAUUGAACUCCACUUACACUGCUAGCCUAUCAUCAAGAUUGACAGUACAGAGGCUACGACCAGCUAUUGCAGAUGUGAAGGAACUCAUCAGGAAAGGACAUUCUGUGGGAUGUUACCAAGGCUCAUUUGUAUGUGAUAUUUUAAGGGGGAUGGGUUUUAAGGACUCAAAGAUCAAGAUGUACAGGCUCCCAGAAGAUUAUAAAGAAGCAUUGUCAUAUGGAAGCAAGAGUGACAACAUAUCAGCAUUUUUUGAUGUGGUUCCUUACUCCAAACUCUUCCUAUCAAAGUACUGUGACAAGUACACCAUUGUCGGCCCUACCUUUCGCACUGAUGGUUUUGCCUUUGUUUUCCCAAAGGGGAGUCCUUUAGUGGCUGAUGUCUCUCGAGCAGUUAUCAAGCUAACAGAGAACGGUGAGAUGUUAGACAUUCAACGGGAGUGGUCCAUAGAUGAUCCCACAUGUAAUGGCCCAGACAGCAUUGAAACCUCAGUCAGUGUCUCACUACAAAGUUUCAAAGGGCUCUUUGCUAUAACUGGCACUAUCACAUCUUCAUGCGUACUUAUUUUCAUAGUCAGCUAUGUUUACAAAAACAGAUGCUCUCUUCAGCAAAUUUUGAAUUCCAGAACUACCACUUGGUCCAAAAUUAAAGAAAUAGGGAGACACUUUGACCAAAGAGACCUCUCAUCUCAUCCUUCUUUCAUAGCAAGAAACCCCCAGUUUAAGUAUCCAAAACCAGAAGAAAUUGUUUCUUCAUCACAUUCUGUUGACUUGUCCAACUCUAAUCUAAUGGUACUCAGUCUGCCUAUGAAUAUCCUUUCCGCUCACUCUAACAACAUUGCAGUGCCAAACAUACCUACAGAUUUUACUUUAGCUAACUCUACUGUUUUGGCACCUGCUUUGCCAGAAGAAUUAAGCACCGCCAUUGAUGCGACUGACAGGGACAACAGCAAUGCACAACUAGACUCCUAGCAGAUUCCCGUUCAAAAUUCCAGUUGAGGGGACUGAACAUGAUUUUACACAUUUAAGGAAUAGCCUUCUUUCUUUGAUUGCUUUUGGGUGUACCUUGGAAAUCGUAGAGAAUCAUGUUAUAAUGUAGUUUCUCUACCUUUUGGUAUACCUCUUGUAUACAGGAAUCUUUUUCUUCCCAUUGUUAAUAAUAUUACCUUAUCAAAAAAAAAUCCAGUUCAUGAUGUGUAGAUGCAGAAUUUAGAUGUAGCAAAAAUAGGAAGAAUAAGAUCUGGUUCUUUAGCAUCUUUCUGAACUCGGAUAUCAUGCCCCACUAGUAACUGCAGCCUGCUACGGAUCUAGGAAACCAGCUUGCACCCAGUACUAAAGGCUUAAAUAAUAUGCACCACGUCUCCUACCAUGAUUACAAAUGAAUCCACACACU